GGCGUCGGGGGAGGGGAAACAAUCCUGCGGUUGUCAUUCCACGCCCGGACCUCCCCCCCCCCCCCGACACCGGGCGAAGCCAAGAUGGCGCAGGCUCUCUCGGAGGAGGAGUUCCAGCGGAUGCAGGCUCAGCUCCUGGAACUGAGGACCCAGAAUUACCAGCUGUCAGACCAAGUACGGAAGCAAAAUGCAGAACUGAGUUCCCUGCGGCAGAAGUCCAGCAAUGUGGAACGGGAUCUGGCGAAAGCUCAGAAGGCUGUAAUGAAAAGCAAGAAGGCCCAGGAGGUGGAUGCCCUGCUGAGUGAAAACGAGAUGCUCCAGGGUAAACUACACAGCCAAGAGGAUGACUUUCGCUUGCAGAACACCACGCUCAUGCAGGAGCUGUCCAAGCUUUGUUCCCAGAUCGAGGAGCUGGAGGCGGAGAACAAGCGGAUCAAGGAGGGCUGUCCGGUGUCGGGCACAGCGCCCCCGCCGAGCCAGCUCGAUGGGGAGUUGCUGCGGCUACAGGCUGAGAACACAGCACUGCAAAAAAACAUGGCAGCUCUACAGCAGCGUUACGAGGCGGAAAUCCACGCUCUGAGGCAGAGUGAGGAGAAACACGACCAUGGGCAAGAAAUGGACAUUGUGGACGGGCAGGGUCCUGACGCUGAGCUAAAGGACGAAGUGGAGGAAGGCCCUCAGGACUCAAACAAAACCCUACUGGACAAACUGGAACAGGCAGAGGCGAAAUGCACGAAGCUGGAAGAGAGGUUGAAGGAGUUGAACGAGAUGGAGUUGAAGUGGGAGACUGAACAAGAGGAGAAGCGAUUGCUGAAGGAACAACUCCAGGCCCUGGAGGCCUCAAAGCAGCUGGAGCUGAACAAACUGCAGGAUGAUAUCAGUAAGGUCUCCGAGAAGCUGAAGAAGAAGCACGAGAGCUUUCUGCGUCUGCAGGCUGAGAAGGAGGCUUUGUACAAUGACAGCAGGACGAAGAUCGAGGAAGUCCAACAACGGAAGGAGGAGGAUUUGAAAUCCUCAACACUUGGAACCAGCGACUGCAGCAAGACCUACAGGCUGCCAAUCAGAGCGUUGCGGAGAUGAAGGAGCAAGUGCGGAAACUACAGAAGGACCACGAGGUCAUGCUGCAGAGUCUCCGGGAUCAGGUC